AUGAAUGCACCACAAAAUAUUUUUUAUUCACAUUUUGAAGGAAAUGGAACAGCUAGUAGUCCUGAUUCAGGAACGUUCUCAGUUUUUGAUAAUUUCCAACAAGCAAGAGAUAAUGGAAGACUUUUUAAUGAAAGACAAAAAGUUUCUUUUGAAAGUUCAGUUGCUGGAGGAAAUAAAGCUGUAAAUGUUAAUAAUGGAACACAAACUACAACAUCAUCAAGUAGUAGUACUGUACCUAAAAAUCCUAAACUCUACAAAACAGAAUUAUGUCGUAGUUGGAUGGAUUCUGGAAGAUGUAAUUAUGGUGAAAGAUGUCAAUAUGCACAUGGUGAACAUGAAAAAAGACCAAUUCCUAGACAUCCAAAAUAUAAGACAGAAGCAUGUCAGUCAUACCAUAAACGUGGAUAUUGUCCAUAUGGUCCUAGAUGUCAUUUUAUUCAUAAUGAAGAUAAUUUAAUAAAUACACAAAAUGUAUCUACUAAUAAUAAUAUUUCUCAAUUAGAUUCACCAAAUUUGAUGCUUAAUCUUGGAAAUAUGGGAACAACAAAUUCAUCAUCUGUAAAUAGAAGUAGCUCUUCAGGAGAUAGUCCAGCACCUUCUUCAGCUGAAUCAGGAUCAGAAUCUCCAUUAGGAUCAUACUCACCACCAUUAGAACAUGAAGAUUAUUUCCAAUCAUUCUCAACAAAUCAUAGUACUCGUAGUAAAAAUGUACAUGAUAAUGAUUAUAAUUAUGAUUGGACUACAAUGACACCAUUAAUAAAUGAUUUUAAUUCUUGGGGACUUGGACCAAAUCAUCAAAUUCAAUCAACAAGAGGAAUCCAUUCUUUUGAAUCAUUUUCUCUUGGUGUUAAUCCAUUUACUAAUAAUGCAUUUUCAUCUUUUGCAAAUACUGAUUCAGAAUCAUCAAAUACCUAUGGUGGAGUAUUUGGAGCAGAAAGACUACCAGUUUUUGAACAAUUAGCGAAUGCUUCCAAUUAA